CGUCCACCGCAUCAAGACGCCCGAGAUUUGAAAGCGCGCGCACCGCCAACUGAGUUAAUAACAAAAAUAAUCGGUCGAAAUUGUCGUUAUCGUGCAAAUGAACGGAAAAAGUGUCACAUGUCGCGGCAAUUUUCGAAAAUGUCCAUCCGCGAAAACCAUUAGAUGAAUCUGCAGACGGCUCAAGAGUCCCGUUCGUUUCAGCCUCUUCAAUUUUUUUCGCAGUGACGUCACGGCACUUCCGGUGCAAGAGGGCAAGAUGUGGGUGCUGCUGACUUACUUGGGCGUCAUUCUGACUGCGAUAUCGGCGAAACCCAGCAAACACGUGCUGCAUCAGUGUCCGGGUACGAUGGACCGAGGACCGUGCAACAGGAACAUCUACAAAUGGGCUUUCGACCAUGACCGGCAACGGUGCGUCAUGUUCUCGUGGGGCGGAUGCAUGGGCAACGAAAGAAACAGAUUCGACAACGAGGUUCAGUGCAUCAACAGCUGUCAGAAUCAGAAGAGCAUUAGUUUUAAAAGUCAGUUCAAUGCCACUAGUAGUAUUCCAAAGGAUGAAAGAGGUUCCCAUCUUACUUUUCAAGAAACAGGCAAAACAACAACUUUUAUGUUUGCGCAAUCUAAUACGUUUAUACAAAUCGAUGGUGAUAUAAUCCAAACGUUUCAGCUUAGAUUAUGUCGACAAAUUUCCUUCAGUUUCCGAACCAGACUACCACACGGUCUUUUAGUGUACCACAACGUUCAGGUACCCGAAGGAAUAUCCCUAGAACCGUACGCCUUGUACGUAAUAGUACAACAAGGAAAACUUAAGGUGGUCCACGUUUACGGAAAAUAUUCCACCUCUCUUACAGUCGGAAGAGGUCUGAACAAAGACGAGUGGCAUUCUGUUACCGUCAGGAUAGACGUCCACAGUGGCAGACUCAUGGCCAUGGUCGACGAUCUAAAAUCGGAAACCGAUCUAAGAGGACUCGAUAAAGAGAACAAUUAUGGUGUUUCUGCCAACGUUACGUCAGUCAUCCUUAUUGGAGGUUUAAGCUCAGAAGAACGCUUGCACGGUGUCAAAUACAUCAUAGAAUCCUUCGUGGGUUGCAUAAAGGAUUUCGUUUUGAGCACGGGAAAAUCAGCUUCGGAUUUGCUGCCCAUCACGCCUCUGAUAGCAACCAAACACGAAAACGUCCAAGAGGGAUGUAUCGAUAAGUGCAAAACGAUUGAUAACCUGUGCUUUCAGGGUUCCAGAUGUAUAAAUCACUAUAACUCCUUGACCUGCGAUUGCUUCGGCACCAAGUACGAGGGGGAGUACUGCGACAUGUUUACUGCAACAAUUUUGACGCUGCGCGGCUCGUCGUACGUCUCGUACCGAGUGUACGACUGGAAGGACCGCGUCCACUCCUCGGUGACCCGGUUCUCGAUGAUGUUCAAGACGCACUUCGACAACUCGGCGCUGUUCUACGCGGCGGGCGGCGAAGGCGGCAUCGACCACUACAUAGCCGCCUCGAUCUUCAACAACUCGCUCCACGUGGAGGUGGACUUCGGGCAGAACGACCCCGCGACGACCGUGCUUGGCCAAGACCCGGGGUUCAAGCUCGACGAGUGGAACAACCUGACGAUCUACCACAGCAAGGACAAGGUGCACUUGAUCCUGAACGAGGAAGUCGUCACGUUGAACAUAUCCGGGAGCGCGCUGGUGUACAUAGACCCGGAGAUUUACAUCGGCGGCGGGCCGGAGCUGAAGAAGAAGACCGGGUUGAUGUCGCAGAACAACUUCGCCGGCUCUUUGAAGUACGUGUUCUACAACGACAUCUCGAUCAUAUACGAGUUGCACAAGAGCAACCCCAAGGUGCACUACAUCGGUAUAAUUCGGCCGGAGUUUUACGAGGCGGAUGUCAAGGAGAUACCGAUUACGUUCCCGUUUUCUUCGUCGCAUAUUUGGUGGCCCAACACGCACACGGAUGAGUUGGAGAUUUCCUUGUACUUCAAGGCGAGCAAUAACUUGAGCGUGGUGGCUUCAAGCGAAGUCCAGACGGGUUACUACUGGGAGAUACGACUGGUGAACGACGAGAUUCGUUUCGAGUUGGCGGACAUGAUAAAGAACGCCACGACGCCGGUGAGCGUUAAGAAGACGCCGGGCAUAUGGCACUUCCUCAAGAUGACGUACCAGCACGGCGAGGUGGUGUUGAAUGUGGACGGUAAAGAGAAGAAGGAGCACAUAGGGGACAUCAAGUUCGCGAUCGGGGACAAGAUAAAGAUUUCGGCGGGGUCGCGGUCCAACGCCGGGAUGGUGGGUUGUAUGCGGGAAGUGAUGAUAAACGGGGAUCGGUUGGAGCCGCGCAGCGUUCUGCAGUCGGAACGGACCGUCGGGGAAGUGACUCUGGACCAUUGCAAGUUCGUGGACGCGUGCAAGCGACCCAACACCUGCGAGCACGGCGGCAAGUGCAGUGUGAAAGAGGACGGGUUGACUUGCGAUUGCGCCGGUACCGGGUAUACCGGGAAAAAUUGCCAUUUCGCGCUCUACAGGAAGACGUGCGAGGAGUUGGCAUUACUAGGUUACACAAAACCCGACGUCUACCUUAUAGACAUCGACGGAAACGGUAGAUUCCCUCCGGCCUACGUACGUUGCGAGUUCCAAAGCAUCGAGGAAUCGACGAAGACCAUCGUCGAACACAAUCUGCCCAGUCAAAUAGACGUCAGAUCGCCCUCGGAGAAGGAUUUCAGCUUCAGCAUCAAAUACAGGGAAUUUAGCGCCGAAAUGUUGCAAGAGUUGGUUUCGCAUUCGCUGAACUGCAGUCAGUACAUCAAGUACGAUUGUUUUAAGGCGCCUUUGGAGCUGCAUUCGGCCACUUGGUUUCUGAGUUCGGCCAAUCAGACGGUCGAUUUUAUCGGAGAUGUUAAAAGGGGCACUUGCCCGUGUUCCGUGGGCAAAAAAUGCGAGACGCCGUCGCAAUGGUGCAACUGCGACGACAUCAACGACGACAAAUGGAAUACCGACGAGGGUCACUACACCGCCACCAACAGCCUCGGUAUAACCGAGAUGGUGUUCCUGCAGCAACCGGAUCUACCGGAAGACGCCGUCGGCAGGAUCACCCUGGGGGCCCUGGAGUGCGUCGAAACAAAUACACAACGUUUCGUGGUGACUUUUACCACGAGCCAGUCUUACAUUGAAGUGCCUGGAUGGAGGAAAGGAGAUUUGGCCUUCUCCUUUAGAACCACAGGAAAAAAAGCGAUUUUGCUGUAUCAACCACCGAUAAGGCCGAAUUAUCCGAGUUUUAUGGUUGCUUUAACCAGCGAUUUCCAGCUGACUUUCAAUUUCACUCUGAACACUGGCGUGUCAAAGGAGUUGGUUAUAGUUUCCAGAAGAAGACUGAACGGUGGAGAAUGGCACAAACUUUGGAUAGACUACAACAAAUACCACGUACGAUUUAUGAUAAAUGAAGACAGUCAAAUGGAGAAUUUGAAGCCUGAAGAAGAGUUUGGACCUUUUGAAGGCUCGAUGUUCAUUGGAGGAGCCCCUUCAAACCUACUGGACGCAAAAUCUUCCGUUCAUCAAGGCCUAAUAGGUUGCUUUAGAGGUUUAGUGGUGAACGAAGAGAUUCUUGACAUCUACAGUUACAUGAGUGUCCAUUUAAGUGAAAUUAUAAAGGAUUGUAAACCAUCCUGUGUACCGAAUCCUUGCCAAAAUGGCGCUCAAUGUAAGGAGCUUUGGAGCACUUUUGAGUGCAUAUGCCCGAACCCAUGGGCGUACAACGGAGAAUUUUGCCAAGAAAAUAUAAAUACAAACGCUAUUACUUUCACCCACCCAGAGUCCUUCUUACGAAGGAAUUUCCUAAGCACAGACCUAAGUACAGAAAAAAUCGUUCUUCGCGAUAUCCUCCAAAAACAAAUCUUGGUAAAUCUGAGGACAUACGAUACCGUGGCUUCGAUAUUUUACGCCAAUGACAACCUCAACAACUUCGUCCAUCUUUACAUAACAAACGGAACGCAGGUGGUGUUUUCAUUUAAUUAUGGGAACAAGAUCCAUAACGCCACCGUAAAUUACUCCAAACUGAAUUCAAGCAAACCCAUACAGAUCGCAAUUGAGAGACACAAAAACAGAACCACCGUACACGUGAACGAGAAGAACAAAACCAUACCCUUUGGAGUGCUGCUUUUAGAGGAGUAUUCACAUAAACCAUGGGCAAAUCCUGAGGCUGAAUUUUUGGCCCCCCAACGUCCACCAGCGCCUCCUACCGAAUAUUUUCAACUCAACGUAGGAGGAUACGAUCCCGAAACGCUAGUAAAAGUGUCGAGUUUUCCAGCCGAGUUACCAGGUUACGUCGGUUGUUUGAGAGGUCUUCAAAUCGGCGAAACUUUAAUAGAUCUUCCCUCGAAAAUAAAAAAAGAUGACACAGGCGUGAUUCCAAAAUGUCAAAUGAAAUGCGAUGAGGAGCCUUGCAAGCAUGGAGGGAUCUGCAUCGAGAAUUUCAGGGAGCAGGAUCACUCCUGCGAUUGCGAGCACACGAGUUACUACGGUCCGUUUUGUAAGGACGAAAAGGGGGCCGAUUUCAGCGGAGAGUCCAUGUUAUGGAGGACCUACGUCCUCAACGGGACAGUGGAAUACGUAAAAAUUCAAUUGGCCUUUUCUAGCAUGGACGAAAAGCAAAAGAACACCAUUUUGCUUUUGUUGCAAACAGAGAACAACCGCAGCUACUAUCUGCUGGUAACUCUAACUUUGGAGGGUUUUCUCAUAGUGCAAGAAGACCGCGAAGGGGAAGUAUACUCCGCAACCGUUUCUUCAAAGAGUUUUAUAAACGGAGCCCGUCAUUCAGUGUACUACAGACGCACCGAGAACGAAUCCGAAUUACUAAUCGAUAGAGAAGUAAUUCCAAUGUACCAGAUACCAGCGCAAACUUUCACAAAUGUUCCGGAGACUGGUGCAAAUGAUGUGCAGAUCGGCGGACAUAACACCGCAGACCCCAGAUUUGCUAUUUACAAGUUCUACAGUGGAUGUCUGUCAAACAUCUUCAUUGAGAUAAACGAUCAAAUAAUGAAACCGUUGGACGAGUACAUGUUGUUCAAGAAAGAUGGGGCUGAAAAAGUGAAUGUCUCCAAUCCUCAAGGAGUGAGAAGUGCUCAAUGCAGCUCAGAUUUCGAUGUGCUACACUCCAAAAAUCCUGGACCCACAAAUCUUAACAUAACACACGGUAAAGAUAAGACUUGGGUUCAAGAUGCCCCUCAAAGAAUUUUAUACACAGCCCAGUAUUCGACAGAUGACGAGGAAGAGGAGAGAUACGAGGAAAUAAUAGUUAUAGUUCUUGCUAGUUUCUUUUUGUUCGUUAUAGUAGUUGGUAGUUAUCACCUAUACUUAACCGAUAAAAGAUACAAGGAACGCAAAGAACUAGAAACAGACAACAACAUCCUGCUGUCUAAGCAGCAAGCUGCUAUCAUGCAGCAGGAGAACCAAAAACCAUUGCCGGAAGAAACGGAGAAGCCGAAAGUGAUCCAGAAUGGCAAAGUACCAACCGAAGAAAAAGUGGAAAAGCUGGUGAACGGAAACGGCAAAUUGAAGACUGACCCGCCUGCUGAAGAAGCGCCUGUCACCGAAGAAAUACCACUGAAGAAAAUCAAAAGGGCCGACAGUAAAAGGGAGAAGCGAAUCAGUUUUAGAGACAGUGCAAGUGAGUUAGCUUGGGACCCUCCGAACGAAAACGAAGAGCUUCUUUCCCCAAUGCCGGAAGAAAACGAAGACGAGAUGGACGAUAGCGAUACAGACGAUGAAGAGAAUAAAAAAAUAGUAAGUAACUUAGAUAAACAACCGCCGUUAGCUACAUUUAGCGAACUAACGUUAUUCGAGAAUGAAAGAAAAUCGUUAUAUGUCGACGAUAACGACGAUCAAACGAUUGUUCAGCAUGGUUGAGUUCAGUUAUAGAUGAUUUUUUUGGGUGCGAAUGGCUUGUAAAUAUUUAGCAGUACAUAGCAUGUUAGCGCUGCAGUCAAUAGUUAAAAUUGGGAAGGAAUCAAUUUGCUCGAUUUGUUCUCAAGAAAUAUUAACUUAUUUACCUAGAAUUUAGAGCUUGCAUGAAACAGCAUGUACAAUUCAUUUAGAAAUAAAGUUUUUAACAUUUUUCAUUUGGAAUUUCAUUUCACCUAUAUCAUAUUCCUUCAUUAUUCCAGAAAUUUUUUUUAGCCUUUAUGAUUCAUUCAUUUAAUUCAUAUUUUGCUUAUUUUAUAAAAGGUACUAGCAAUUCCUGGUUUCAAUGUAAAAAAAAACAUUUCUUUCAUAACAAUUUAUUCUAAAAGUAUGUGAUGGUUAAAAAUGAUCCUUUCUCUAUUAAUAUAUUUCUAAAUUAAGCAUCUUGUUCUCGAGCAUGGUAAAUGUUAGAUUUUUGCACGAUUUUUAAAAGAAAAAAAACUCGUGAAAUUUAGGUUCCCCCGCCCACUCCGCCAAUGCGUUCGAGAUCUAGAUGUCCGCCCCCUCACAGCAACCCCCUGUCUACGCCACUGCCGUUCAUGAUCGACGAAAUGGCAACAGUGGAAGUAGGAAGCCUCUCAUAAAUAUAAGUGUUGAGUUAAUGGACGAUUAAGAAUAAUUUUAGUGGUUACAGUAAUUUUUUUUAAUAACUUUAAUUAAAAAAGUCAUUAGAUAUUUUUAAUUUUUAAUGACUACGAAAACAGUGAGAUUAAAAGGAUCAAAUUGCAAUUUUAGUUUAAGUUUAGAAAAUAUUCUUUUAGAUACUUUAUAAAGAAAUAAAUGCUUUUACAAAAUAUUAGGAAACUGUAAAUAAAAGCCGUAUACGAAAAUAGUUAAGAUUUGUGCAUAGGUGAGGAUAUUUUGUUAUUUAAAAUACUGCUUUUAGUUUUACAGUAAAACUGAUUUUAUACAAAAUAUUUUUACAUAAAAUAAUAAAAUUAAAUAUGUAGCUUAUACCUUGUAAAUUAUGCAUUGACUGAUUAGCUCAAAUAGAUAAUUUUACAAUUACACAUUAAAUCAAUCAAACCAUUUUUCAUUUUCCAACAAAACAUCGUGGGUUUAACAAUUGGCAUAAAAUUUCAUAUUAAUACAUUCGAAAUUAAUUCAAAAUUUUAAUCAAAAUUCCAUUUAAAUUAGAACGGAACUAUACAUGAUACCAACGAUGAAACCGAAUCUCCCAAAGAAAAUGGCACACCCCAAGCCAAUGGCAAACCCAAAAACGAAUCUGCGUUCAGAUUUAACAAAAAAAACUUACGACCGGAAUUUUUAAACCCGACGCAAAGAAAGUUUGGUAAUCCUAUAAGUUAUUUAGGUGGACCAAGAUUACCAGAACGAAAUAGAUCCAGUGUGGAAAGUGUUUUAUCCUUGGAUUAAAAAAAAAUAAUCAAGACUGACUUAAAUAUGUAAAUGUUAUGUGAAGAAAAAUUAAAAUAAAACCAUUAAAUUUA